UAAAGGUACUGCGUUAAGAUUAAGAUGAGGGGAUAGGCCUAUUUUUCACUAGGUGAAGAGCUGCAUUGUUACUGUUUGAUGUUGGUUGUAUUUAAAACAACAAUUUACCAGAUGUUUGAACACUUGUUAUACACUACAAGUGAGAGCAGUAGGAACUGAAUUACAAAGUACAGGGGUUUGUAUCUGAUUAAGUCUCAACUGUUGUCAAGAAAUGGAAAGAGCAAGCAAAGCCAUUCGCAGGAGUGGUGUUCGGUUGAAGUCAUUAGGUGGUGGGCAUUCAGAACUUAAUAUGGUUAUAUCUGAAAUGAAAGAUGUACGACAAGCUGCCAAAGUCUUCAUGACUGCUCAGAAUUCAGCUGCUCAGGACUUGACAUCAUGGGCUGCUGGAAAUGAAAACAGAGCUAUUCAAGACAUAAUGAGCCAGCUGGCUGAGCUCAACACUCUGUGGACAGAUGUUCAGAAAGAAUUUGCAGAGCAUCUGAAAAACUUUAAGCACCAAUUUGAAAUGAUAUUAGAAGGAGAGAAACAAGUUGAUCAUGCACGCACCCACCUUGCUCAGUGUGAACAACGAGAAUUAAAAAUCAGAAAAGAAUUGAAGAAAGCUGCAAAAAAAGCCACAGUUGAAGAAAUCAAUAACCUGGAAAUCAAGCUGUCUCAAGCUGAACGAGCAAAGGAUUUGGCUCAGUUAGAAGUAGUGGAACGAGUUCAUGAAAAUGAGGCUGUGAAAUUGAUAAGGUUGAAAGAAGGACUUAUCAAAGUUUCUGAUGCAUAUGUAGAGAUGGCCAACAAGUGCGCCAUCAUAUUUAGUGCACAGAAGGAGAUAUCCCAUUAUGUCCCAGACGUUCAUGGUAGAGACUUGCAUGAGGUCAAAUAUACUGGAUCAGGAGCAACUAAGUUGGCUGUAAUUAAAGCCAGGGAAAAGGUUUUGCAGUACAGACAACAAAACUAUCGUCUCCUCCCCUGUAAUCCAGCUAUAGAAGAUCCCCCGCCUCCUUACACCCCAGGGUUUUAUGAUCCAACCACUGGUAGGUUGUAUAAUGAAGAAGAAACUCUAGCCAACAAUCGACUUGGAAACCAAAGUACAGUGCAGCGACAACGUGCAGUGCCGUCCGUAACCCAAUUACCAUCUGAUACUUCAUAUAUUGGUAGUCUUCCAUCAGAAUCAGACUGGCAAGCUUCACCCCCCUGUCCUCCAAUUUGGAACUCUGAAAUCCAAUGGGACACAGAAGAUUGUUAUCCAGAUGAUUUAGCUGAUGCCCUUGGGGCUGCCAAAAUUUGACUUUUACAAAAUAUUCAGGUAACCUUGAGUGAAGCAGUAGACUGUCUCUGUGAUACUCUUAAACAUGUAUUUAUGAACAGGUUAAGUGAACCUGGCAAUUUCUGAUAAGACUACAGCACAAUGAAGACAGAAAAUUUAACCUUUGUAUUUUGCAUGGUAAUGUUGUAUUUGAAAAUUAUUUUUUGUUUUAUUGCUUUUUGUGACCUCAACUUUUGCCUGUUUACAACUGCUACUAUCAACAUGUUGAAGAAUGCAGCAAUUUUUACAAUUUUGGUCAGUUUCAAUGGAAAAACCUGUGUAUAAUGCUGUCAUUUAUAAUAGAUGACACUGAAAGUAAUGUUUUGUAAUUUGUAUUGAAAGAGCUUAUUUGAAUGAAUAUUACAAACAUUUGAUGCAAUAAUUGUCAAUUUCUUAAAUCUUAAUUUGUUUUUACUCGUGCUUUGAGAGUCUGUCCAGCAUUUCUAGGGUUGUUUAAAAGUGUUAGCUGUUGUAAAGAGGGUAGAAUAUAAGAUAAAUAUUGUAGAAGAAAAUGCACGUAAUUCCAUUAAUUCUUCAUGAAUCACUUGUAAAAGUAAAAAGCACCUCUUUACAUCGUUCUGAUAAUAACAAAACAUUUUAAAAACAACUUCUAAAGUUUCAAUAAAUAAAAAAAAAAUCUCAGAAAGUCAACUCUUGAUACAGAUAUUGUGAUGUAGACUAAACAUUUGUUAUUUAGAUCAGUGUUGUUUUAGGUAUUUGUUGUUGAUGUAAAAAGACCUAUUUCUCAGCGAAGGCAAAUUGUGUUCUUCUGCUAGUAAAUCAAUAACUGAAAUUUGUUUACAAUAUUUACAUAAUCUUUUCAGCCCAAUGUCUUAAUAGAGAAUCAUGUUGUCACUUGAUUAUUGUUUUGAAAUAUUUAUUGUAUAAUGUAGCAUCCUAUCAUUCUAUAUUAUCAGUAUAUUCCUUUCAAUCAUGGCAUGCACACCCAGUAUUGUUUGAUUAUUGCAGUGUUAUUUUUUAGACCCAAGUAUCUGUUUUGUAGACUAAAAGAUAAAAAUUUUACUGUUGUGUAGUAAAUUCAUGGUAUGAGUGGUUCCUAUCAGAAUAAAUACCUUCAGUAAUAAUGAUGUGUAGCAAAUAAACAGAUUGUCUGUUCUUUUAUAAAUACACCCCAAUAACUGUAUUCCCUUUACCUAAUACAUGUAAAAUUGUUUGGGAUAAUAGGAUAAAUCUUCUGGUGGCUUGAAUGCAGUUUAAUCUCAACUACAUUUUCCUUUAGUGAAUAAAAUUAUCCUGAUAAUUGAAUUGAAAAUAAAACUUUCUAAAGAGCCAUUUGUUUGGGAAAAUAUUAACUAGUAUAUUAUAAAGUGCUGUUUUUUUUUCAGGUUUUCACUCUACUCCCCUCUCCCUAUUGUUCUUUUUAUUAGCUAUGCCCUAAAUAGGUUUGGUUUCUUUCCUCAAAGGAGAAGUAAUGUAAACAAAAUUCCUAGUUAAUUGAAUUAUGAAGAGUAACCAAACUGUACAAGAUCAAAUCAGAAUUACUACUAAAGUUUAAUUUUACCCCCAUGAAUGGAUAUGAAUUCAGAUUAAUAGUAAUGUGUUGCCAGUCUUCCAAGGUGUAAGUAGCUAUAGUUUAAAUAGAUUAUUUUAACCCUUAUAAAUACAUGUGCAUCAGAAGAUUAAGUAACAUUUGUAGAAACCUUUUUAAGAGCCAGAUCGAUUAUACACAAAAAAAUUUAAUUCAAAGUUAUCUACAUUCAAGAAAUUGUUUUUUUGGACUUUACUUUAAAGUGUCUGGGUUUAAAGUUUGCCCUAAUUUGUUACAUUAUUGCAUGUUUCAACUGUGUAAAAGCAAACCUUAUAUUAUAUUUAUAUGUGAGCAUGCCUUCAGAGCAUAUAAGUAAAUAGCCUAUGGAUCUUGAGUAUUUCCAACACAACUUCUAUUAGUUUGUCUUCUUUCAUUCUUACCAUCCCAGUUCCAUCAAGAAAUGUUACUUCUGUAUCAUCCAAGUUUUAAAGAAACACCUGUACAGGUAGAAUCUCUUGUUCUUUUCUAGUGUCAGUGUGUUAUUAUAUGCACCUGAUAGUUAUUUAGGUAUUUUGUAACUUUUGUUUCUUGCCAUGUGGUUCUUAAUCCUCAGUAAUUGAUAACAGACUACACUUUAUUUUGUCCUUACCACUUCUGUUAUGUGCUAUAAAACAAUAUUGGGAAUAGGUUGAGUUUAAGGCUAUUGCAUCAUCCCAAAUGUUAGAAACUACUUACAGGUGAAUGCUCUGAAGAAAAAUCUUAGAAUUAUUGAAAGUACAGAAAUCAGCUGUACAAAAACAAUUAUUGUAUCGAUCAAAUUUUUUUUUAUGCUGAUUGAUCAUCAAAUUUUCUGGUCUAGUCUGGUAUUUCUACAAAUCUAGUAGUUUGUACAUAGACUUUAAUAUAUUUCAUACACUUUUCCUUUUAAUUUUUCAAUUAUGUUUUAAUAUUAAGAGUACUUGAUCCUGAUAAGUUUACAAUUUAUUAUUUCUCUACAUGUGUACCAUGUGACAUUUACUCAUUGAUGACUGACUAUUUAUAUAAAAUGUUGGAAAGGAUUUUUUUGUACUUGAUUAUUCUACUAAGUUUGGGUUAUAUUUUUGUCACUCUUGCAAGACAAUUUGUAAAUAUGUUUACACAAUAUCUGCAUCUUAAUUAUAUACUUAGCACAAGUCCAAGGAUAUGUAGUUUUAUUGUUUUAAAGAGCUGAACUUUAAAGUCUUUAUUGUACAAAGCACCACUAUUGAUAAAAAUAAAGAUGAUGAUAAGACUUA